AUGGAUAGUACAGAGAAGCAGGAUAGAAGGGAGAGGGCCAAGGAGCGUAGAGAGAAACGUCGUCAAGAGAUCUCUCUCAUCCGUUCGAUUCCAUACUCAGAUCAUCAGAGAUGGUGGUCUGCGGAAACUAUAGCUGUGGUGACUGGUGCAAAUAGAGGAAUUGGGUUUGAGAUUGCACACCAGCUUGGAUUACAUGGGUUGACAGUUGUUCUUACUUCAAGAGAGACUGCUGUGGGCGAAGAAGCAGCAAAAGUCCUACAAGAAGGAGGCUUGAAUGUGGUCUUCCAUCAACUCGAUGUUUUAGAUCAAGAAUCUAUCGAUUCAUUUUGUGCCUGGAUAAAAGAAAACUAUGGUGGUAUAGAUAUUCUGAUAAACAAUGCAGGAUUCAAUCAUAAUAUUGGGUCAGAGAAUUCUGUUGAAUUUGCUGAAAAAGUCAUCUCUACCAACUAUGUUGGUACCAAAAAUAUGAUCAAAGCCACAAUACCAUUGAUGAGACCUAACGCUGCAGGUGCUCGCAUUGUUACAGUGAGCUCACGACUGGGAAGACUUAAUGGCAGGAAAAAUAGGAUUUCUGAUGACGAAGUGAGACAUCAACUGGAAGAUGUGGACUCACUAUCGGAGGAGCUAAUUGAUGCAACAGUGAAUAAGUUUUUGGAACAAGUGAAAGAUGGGACUUGGACCUCUGGAGGGUGGCCUCAAAACAAUACAGACUAUUCCCUAUCAAAACUGGCAGUCAAUGCAUAUACAAGGCUGGUAGCCAGGGACCUCGCAGACCGACCUGAAGGUGAAAAGAUUUACAUCAACUGCUACUGCCCUGGUUGGGUGAAGACCGCCAUGACUGGAUGGGCAGGCCAGGUUACACCCGAAGAAGGAGCCGAUACAGCAGUGUGGCUAUCCUUGCUUCCAGAUAUGCGUGUUUCUGGCAAAUUCUUUGCUGAAAGGCGUGAAAUACAUUUCUGAUAGCAGUCUCCUGGAAGUAUAUAUAUACCAUUUUCAUCUUCCUUGACUCAAAGAGAUCAUAAUGGAAGAACAAAUUUGGAUUCGGUGAUCCUACUUCUGUGAUCUGCUAAAUUUUUAGACGAAGAUAAUUCCCUCAUUCAAAAAGAAGAAACUUGUUGAGCAUUGACAAGUUCUUUGAUUCUGGUGUAAAAAUCAUUGUAACACAUAGAACAAUCUCAUUUUUUGUU